UUUUAGAUGAAAUGGUGAAAAUGUGGAAUGACGAUUCCCGCCUUAUUUUAAUUGAGGAAGUGCGAAAGCGUCGCGAAGUUUGGGAGUAUAAAAAGGAGCGUUAUGCGACGUCGGAAAGGAAGAAAGAGUUGUUUGCAGAAGUUGCAGAUGCACUUAAUGCUUCCGGUUUAGUAACAGCCGGUCUAUAUACAGAAGAAGAUGUUCGUACACAAUGGAAGAAUUUGAAAGAUACAUUCAAAAGGAAACUUAAAAGACGCCAGGCCGAAGCAAGUGCAGGCUAUGAAGACGUGGAACCAACUUGGCGAUUCUGGAAUAAAAUGCAAUUCGUUAAAAAUAAUUUUGGUCCAGAUCGAAAUCGGUCUUCUGCAUUGAACAGCACAGUUUUGGUAGAAAACACACCUAAUACGCUGGAGAAAUUGAUCAAUUCGCUUGUCGAGAAACAAAUGUCUGAUGACAGCAACAGCAGCAUAGAUGGACAGAUACUGAAUGUAACAGAGCUCCCAGCAGUUGCAUCAACUUCCCUUCCCAUUCCUUCUGCAAACAGCAGCAGCAGCAGCAACAAUAGUUGUAACAAAAGCAUUCCCACCAAUACAAACACUGUUAUACCUGAUAUUCAAGUCACAUCGACCGCAGCACCUACAAUUGAAAUGCAUAUAGCUCAGUUUGUCCCACCUAACAUCAAUUAUUUGGAGGGUAUAGCAUCUCAUUCAGCAUUGUCACAGCAUCUUGGAUUUGACUCGAAUAAACUGAAAUCACCUUCACCGGUUAACCCAGAAACACGUGCUUGUGCAAGUGCUCUAGCUGAUCUUCAGAAAAAGGCAAUGAAAAGGAAGGCAUCUGAAGCAAGUAACGAGGACCUGCAAAAUAUGCAGGAACCAGACGAUGAAUGUGCCUGGUUUGGUCGAAGUGUAUCAAGCGCAUUACGUCGACUUUGCUUAACAUCACCACUUUCGGCACUUACUCUCAAAAAACAGAUCUCAGAUUUGAUAUAUGAAGCGGAGAUCAAGCAAUUAAUACGUCAUCGGAGGACAGGAUAUUCAUAAAAAUUCGUAUUGGAUAUAGCGCUUAAAAAGAAAGAGGACCCAACAGGAGCUUGGCCUUCAGAAUAGUUGUUCCUCUCAAAUGGUACAGUUUAGCAGUUCUCUUGAAUAAGGACCUGUUACUGUUAGUGUUCCAUAUUUAUUAUCCAGCGAUAUUUUUCAUUUUCUCUAAAUUACUCUGUUAUAGAUAUAAUGCAUUAUUUAAAUGGUGGUGAAAGAGCUUUGAUUGUAAGCAGUUACUGAAAUCACGAAGGAGCUUAAUUGUUGCUUACUAAAAUGGAAAGGUUUCUAUGAUGUCAAUGGAAG